GCAAGCUGUGUAGCGGACCAUAAAGGUCAUCGGGUUUAUAAAGAGGUCCGGCCACUUUACUCUUUCUUGCCAAGGCGACAACAUUGGACGUCGCUUCUGGCAAGUAACAAGAACAAUGAAGUUUCUCAGGGUGGCCGUGUUUGCCCUCGUUCUACACGUGGCGUUAGGUCGAACCGGUCAUGGAUGUGUCAAUUGCAACAGGGUGACGAGCCCCUGUACUCGUUGCUCCAGUGUUGUGACGGGAGGACACUCUUCCCGUGGCUUGGGUGCACGUGGUGGCUUUGGUGGCGGCUACGGAGUCAGCAGCAGCAGCGGCGGAGGAGGAGGCUUAUUGAGCGGCAGUGGUGGCACUGCCGGCGCUGCCAUAGGAGCUGGCUUGUUGGGCACUGCCAUUGGUGCUGGCUUGGGUGCUGGCUUGGGUGCUGCCUCCCGUGGUAGCUCUGGCAGCGGACUUGGCGGCGGACUUGGCGGCGCACUUGGCAGCGGAAUCGGCGGCGCACUUGGCGGCGGACUUGGCAGCGGACUUGGCGGCGCACUUGGUGGUCGACCUGGCAUUGGACUUGGCGGUACCUUUGGAGGCCACUCAGGUUUAUCAGGUAGCGGUGGUCUGAAUGGAUUGGAGGGUGGCCAUGGUGGAGUCACAAAUACUUGGUCAAGUGGUACGGGUGGUGGCAGCGGCAUUGGCGCAGGCCUUGGCGGUGGUGUAGGUGGAGGAAACAUUGGCGCAUCAGCAGGUGGUGGAAUAGGUGGUGUAGGUGGGGGCAUCCGCCCUGGUGGCAUUGGUACUGGUGGCAUUGGCACUGGUGGCAUCGGCACUGGUGGCAUCGGCACUGGUGGCAUCGGAGCUGGUGGCAUCGGAGCUGGUGGUGGUCUUGGCGGCACCAGUGCUGUCCUUGGCACCAUUGGUGGCAUUGGGGCUGGUAGUGCCCUUGGCGCUGGUGGCGGCCUUGGCACCGGUGGUGGCAUUGGCACUGGUAGUGGCCUUGGUGCUGGUGGUAGCCUUAGUGCUGGUGGCGUUGGAGUCGGCUCUUCUGUUGGUGCUCCUGGCGUUGGUCUAGGUGGUGGUCUUGCAGGUGGGAGCCUCAGCACUGGUGGCAUUGGCGCUGGUGUUGGCCCUGCUACUGGGGGUCACUUCGGCCCUGGUGGUAGCCUUGGCGCCAGUGGCGCUGGAGUGGGCGCUUCUGGUGCUGCUCCUGGCGUUGGUCUGGGCGUUGGUCUUGGAGCUAGUGGCAGUGGUUUGGGCGCAGGCAUUGGCGCACCCGGAGGCAUUGGAAUAGGUGGUGCAGGCAGUCUCGGUGGAGCAAGUGGUGCCGCGGGUGGUGGCCUUGGCGUUGGUGGCAUUGGGGGCAUUGGCAAUGGAUUGGGCGGUGGUAUUUCCGCUGGCGGUCAAGGCGCCGGUCAUGGUAGUCACCAUGGUGCUGGCUUUGGCGGUGGUAUUGGCAGCACAAGCGCUGGCUCAUCAGGAGGUGGCAUAACGAUUGGAACAGGUGGUGGCCAUGGCGCUAGCCUCAGUGGCGGUGGCGCUGGAGCUGUUCUUGGAGGCGGCAUUGGCGGUAGCGCGGCUGCAGGUGGUGGCCAUGGAGGUAGUCACCAGGGCUCUGGUGCCAUUGGCUCCGGCUUUGGCAUUGGUGGUGGAAGUAGUGGCACAUCUGGCGCAGGUGUAGGUGGUGUCGGUGGCGCAAGCAUCAGUGGCGGUGGCGCUGCAGCUGGUCUUGGAGGCGGCAUUGGCGGUAGCGCGGCUGCAGUAGGUGGUGGCCAAGGCGGUAGUCACCAUGGCCCUGGUGGUGUUGGCUCCGGCAUUGGCUUUGGGGGUGCAAGUAGUGGCACAUCCGGAGUCGGUGUAGGUGGAGGCGUUGGCGCUGGUGGCCUCGGCGUUAGUGGUGGCCUUGGCGCUAGUGGCAGUGGAAAUGGUGCAUCUGGUGGUGUAUCUGGCGUUGGUCUUGGCGGUGGUCUUGGAGGUGUUGGCACUGGUGUCCAAGGCAGUGGUUCCGGUGGUGUACAAGGCAGCGGCAUUGGCGGUGGCCUUGGUGCACCGGGUGGUAGUUUAGCAGGUGGUGCAGUUCUUAAUGGUGGCGCGAAUGGUGGAGCUGGCAUUUCCGGUAGCCUGGGUGGAGCAGGAGGUAGUGCUGGAGGAUCUCUUAGUGGCGUCACUAUCGGCCUACCAGGACUAAUCGGGGGUUCAGGUUUCGGUAAUGGCACUCAACUCCCGGGCUUAACAGGCGGCGCUGGUGGCGCUGGUGGCGCUGGGAUUGCUGGUGGUGUUGGAGGGAUCGGAGGAGUUGGUGGCGUUGGCGGUGUUGGGGGAGUCGGUGGCGUUGGAGGAGCUGGUGGCCCCGGAUGGGGCUUCCCUCCUCAACGGCCGGGAAUCAAUGGGACUUGGGGACCUGGUCGCCCCAAGUGUGGUCUACACGAGCGGUUCAAGGCUAGCUCAAGCAGCUGCGGCGAGUGCAGAUGCGACAUUUUCUUAAAAACAAGAAGACUGAGGGGAAGACCACUUGCUUGCACGGCAUGACCUUCAACGCAAGUGCUGGUGCAGACUAACCUUCUGCCGUGAUUUUGACGGCAGAUGUGUCCGGAGAAGUAAAUGCAGAGGCACGGGUAUUCAACAAGUUGUCGCUGAAUGAUCACGUAAUAAAGACACUGAACCAGCACGAA